GCAUUAGUCACGCACUGUCCCGACGUCACCUUCCCGCCCACUGUCAGAUCGGAGGACAGCAGCAUGCAUGUUUGCGGCUCCCAGUGUUUUUUUUCUUCGGAAACGGGUCCAAGCAGCUCUUUUUGUCUUAAAGGUUGCAGACCCCUGGACUAGAUGAUCCAUGGGGUCCCUUCCAACUCUGAUUCUAUUAUUCUAUGCUGGGCUAAAUGUAAAAAGAAAUGCCAUAUCCUGUUUCUGCUCUAGGUCACGAAUACUCCCUUUCUUAAUUACAGAAAAUCUAAAGGAAGAAGCCUUUCUCCCCAUUCCCCAACAUCUGUUUUCCUUCCUAUUGGUUUGCUAAUCCAGAAGUUCUAUUCAAUGCUUAACACCCUUGAAGACCAUUUUUGACAGCUUAGGGAGCUGUGUGUUGUGACAGGUUAGUGUGUUGGCUGCAGCAUGUAGGUGUGUCACAUGAACGCUCCCCAUGCUCUUCCUGAGGCUGGAAAGGGGUUCAUUUAUGUCUAAAAACUGUGCCACCAACAUGAAAAGUUUGGAAAGCUCUGCCUUAGUAAUUGCACUUCGCAUUGCAUCUUUACAAUGCAAUCCUAUAUGCUCCAUUGAGUUCAAUGGAAAUGACUUCCAGGUACAUGUGCCUAGGCUUUGUCAAUUUCCUCAGGAUAGCUAGAUUGCAAAUAAAAGGGUGGUGAUUAAAUUAUGAGUGUCUGAGUGAUUACAAAAAUCAUGGGAAGUGAGUGAACUAAAGACAAAAUAUAAUUAUGUAAGAAUUUUGCAUAUUUACAUUUUACAUACUAUAGUAGGAUUGUGUAUACAGUAAAAUUGAUCUUUUUAUUUUUGUAUAUCCACACACGGCUGAUAUUUUCACUAGAUAGAUGGAUAGAUAUAAUACAAAUACAUUGUUGUGCACUUUUUAAAGUAAAUAAGGGCCCUUCUGAGGCUUUGCUAAACAUGUGUGACCUUUGGAGAACACCCCCCACCUACAUUGCAUCAUUUGCAGCCUUUGUUCUUUUUCUGAUUUUGUCCUGGUCCUCGUUUGUCCUAGAUGGCUACUGGCCAUGAAUUUCCCAUUUCUCCAGCUUCAGUUUUUUCUUCUUUGUUAUUUACAGUCUCCUUCACCUUAACUAGGAUGUUAGGGAUGUGUGUUUUUUAAUAAUUAACCAAUAAAUAAAUAAAAAUACACGUUUGACAGGGACGGGGUAACUGUUUCCAAGCUAGGUUGAACCAUUUUCCCUGUGGGCUCAGAAAAUGUGGGAAUGAAUCAUUUGUCUCUUGCAUGAGAACAAUCUGGCAGAGGACUCUCCGCCUUCUCACUUCACCCCUAACCGCCUCUGAUGACUGUGUAGGAGACUGACAAGAGGACUCUAGCCCUUUCCAUUGUACCUGGCAGGUAAGAGGCCCUGCUGAAGAGAAUAUUUCCUUUCCCUUUUGCAAGGUCCCCAGAACUGGAUCGAGAAACAUCCUCAUAUCAUUUUGCAGAUGCAUCUGCAGGCCCAGCCUUCCCUGAGGAUGCUGGUGUUAGUCAACAAGGAUGAGCUUCGAGUGCUGAAGAAAGAGCUGAGGAGCUGCUUCCCCGAAUCUCUAAAGGUCCAUGGGGCUGUGCUGAACGUGUGCCAGGGAAACGCUUUCCAUCAGGAGAUACUGGUAGAUUCCUGGCCCAGCUUCCAAGUGGUCAUUGCACGGCUCCAGAGAGAGAAAGUGCCUUCAGAAAUGAACUAUUUUACCCAAUCUUGUGCAGUUUUCUAUAAGGACCUAAAUGCCUAUGAGAAAUUGGUGAAAGAUUCUGAUGCCAUUGAUUGGAAACAAGAAUUCUUACUUCAGGGUCUGCAGGAUGGUGUGUAUCAGACAUCUCAAAACCUAGCAGCUGCCAAGCAUUUCUCCGCAAAGCUGGUGACUCGGACCCAGGUUUUUGUUGUGCAGAAACCCUUGAAUUUGUCUUCUUCCACACCCACGUCAGGAUCAGAGCUGAAACUCUCAUCCCUCAACACCGCUCAUGCUGCCCUGCUGAAUGAGACCUGGAGUGUAGGUGGCAAUGAGCAGAGUCUCUGCUAUCUGACUCGGCUAAUCGACUGCUUCUCUAGUAGUUGCCUUCUGGAUGCUGGAGGAUGUCCUAUCUCUUGGGUCCUGCUGGAUCAAUUUGGGUGCCUGACCCAUGCUUACACCAUGCCAGCGCACCGUGGCAAAGGCUACAUUCAGCUGGUGAUAGCAGCACUAGGCAGGAAACUACAAAGCCUCAAUUACCCAGUCUAUGGUGAUGUCCUGGAAAACAACACAUCAAUGCAGAGAGCCCUACAAUGCCUUGGAGCGAACUUUACUAGUUGCUUUCUGUCCUACGACCUGCAUACACCCAUUUCUCUGCUGUAACAGGCUAUUCAAAAGCUCUGUCAGUAAAAAAUAAACUAGUGGUAGCAGAAACAGAUGGUUUAAAUGAGAAAAUUCCUAUAUAUACAUUUUAAAUUGUAUAAAGUUCAAGAACUAGGUUCACAUUUAAUAAUCUGGACACAAGCACAUUGGCCCCACAGUUAACAUCUAAGCUGAAUCAAUACCUUUCCAGCUAAAACCGAUUAGAUCCAGACCUCAAACAAAUAGCCAGCAGAUGAAGGAUAGAUUUGAUUUUCACCGAUUCCAUCUGUGCUCCUGGAUGAGUUGCAUCCUAGGGUUGCUGGGCCACCCGAGGCCUACAAACUCCCAGGCUUCAGAACAGUAUCAUGACAAAUCAAAAUGACUGAAGGAAGUCUGAGAACUUUUGACAGGUUUGAAGCCUCCAGUUGGCUAACCUAACAGUGCUGCUCCUUGUUUAUGCCCUUACAAAACAUUACUGUAGACCUCUUGUAGAGGCUCAGUAAAGUAAUAGAAGUGAUAACGUCUGUAAACAGAACCUUAAAUGAAGUAUUGGGAGAAUCGCUAUGUGCAAUCGCUGCAGAUAACUGUUAAGGCAUGUGCUAUACAAUAUUUGACUUCAACACCAGAAAAUUCCAAUUAAAGUAUAUCACAUUUGUAAAAUGCACACAGUUUGACCUGAGGACCAGCAGAUGAUACAUUGGGCCAGAGUCAACUAACUGGUCCCCCAUCAGAAGAAGCCCACACAGGAGUUCUGCUAGCACAAUAGGGCUUUCUCUCCAUGCCAUGUGCCCCCUGAAAUUGGCUCAUAGGGUGGGAGGUGUUGAGAGAACCCCAAGAACAGCAUGUGGUGGGAGGAGAGGAGAGAGUGGUCUGUCUGGCAAGCAGAAAGAGUGAGAGAAGAGUGUGAAGCUCAAUUCUUCCCAGAGUUUCUAGUAUUCAACGCAAGAGUGCACUUCCCGCAGUAUACCACAAGGGCUACUGUUGGGAGCCCAUUUCUCAUACCUGUUCAUCAUUGCUGAAUGACAGCUUCAAAUAAUAACUCAAACUUUACUGAUACCAAGGAAUAGCUACAUUUGAGCAAGUAAAAAGUAUUAUCUGGGGCAUUAAAAAAAACCCCACAAACCCAACAACCCUGUAAUAAUGCAUUUAGCUGUUCUAGGAGCCAAGAACAAGAGGUCCUACCUAAGCUUGGGGUAACACACACAUUGUCUGGUACAAUGUUAAUAGUUUACUGGAAAAUUGCACAGGUGUCUGUGUGUACUCUUAGUACUUGUGGGCAAUUCUCUGCAUCAUCUUCACUCCUAUCCUCUUUAUCCAUUUAGACAAGAUGUUUCUUACUCCAGAUCCAAAAACAUCUGAAGGGCACAACUCCCAUCCACCCCAGCUAGCAUGACUAAUCAGUGAUGAUGUGAGUUGUAGUCCAAAAUAUCUGGUGGGUACCAUAUUGAUGAAGACCAAUUUAGGCUCUUAGAAAUGUAAGUAUCUUACCUGUACUACUGGCCCCACCAGCAUAGUAGAUAUGCAGCUGCUUUUGCAUUUCAUGACAUUAUGUUCACCUAUGUUCAUCACCCUAAUUCAUAUUCAUUAUCAUCUAUUUGGUCACAUACUAGUGCAGUUUGAUCCAUUCAUCCUCCAAGAAAUGGCGGCCUUGCUCCAAUCCACAAACCAACCAGCCCCUAAAUGCCAUCUAGAGUGAGUGUAAGAUAAGAGCUAAGAAAGAAGAAAAAUGUGGCUGGAAAUGUAACCCCCUUUUAUAGUUUGCAAAUGAGUGUACAAAAUACCCCUGUCUAAAAGCUACAUCUUUAGGCAGUAGACAAAUACGGCAAACCGCCACCUCCGUCCCUCACAAACCCAGCAUUUCUUUUUUGGAGAUGGUAAUGUGACGUGAGUAGCAGCAACCGUGCUUUUUUUGUGAAAUCAUGGAAGGUCCAAGAGCAAGUAGCACAGAUCGUACAGGAAUGAGGACAGGGGGCUAACUUCACCCUCUUCUGCCUUAGCUGGCUGGUUUGUACGAGAACAAAAGCCUACAGGAAUUAUGCCUUCUGGUUACACUGUCUACAACUUUAUUAACAAAGAAUGCUAAUAGAGACUUUCCUAAUAGCAUACUGAGUUAACACGUCACAUUCCGCACUGCCAGUGGUUUCACGGUCAUGCUUUCAAAGAGCAAUUUUGCUAGGCACAGACACAUAAGAACUCUCCUCUUCUAGAACCUCUUAUGGCCAAUAGACUGCAUUUGACACAUUUCAAUCCUCUUGGAAAAACACUUUCAGAAGACAGUUGCUUUCUAUCUCCCCCUCCCCCCCAAGGUUUGUUCAGAACCCCUGAAACAGUAGCAGAUGAGAUGCAGGGACUUGUUCCUCAGAGUGCCCCAACAUUUCGGCUGUGGAGGCCCGAUUCACAAAUUACUGUGACCACAGAGAGGCCAAUUUAGAUCACGAUAUGGCAGCCGUCACUGUGUGGGAGCCUUGUGCACACCACCUCUUAAUGGCCAGACUGGGUCAUUUCCACCACAAAUCUGACUGCUUGCAGUGGCUUGAUUGGGUAUGGGGAGGAAGCCUGCCUAAUCCACAUAGUGAGCAUCUGCCCUGGAACACCCCCCCACCACCAUGCAAUGGCAGUGUGGAACCAUUUCAAGCAACAUUCUCCGUGGUGGCUAUCACAAGAGUGUUGCCAAGGAAAUUUAGAGGCACACUCCAGAUCUGCUUGGUGACAGCACACAUGCUUGAUUUGCCCACCACAGCUUCCAUAAUGCUUAACUAACUCCCUGCACAGCCAGGCAGGGCUAGCAAUUUGCCAGCAAUCUUUGCAUGCCUGAAUAUAACAAAAUGUUUGAAGGGGAGAAGGCUAAGAGCUGUACUGUCUGGGGACAGGAGGGAAAAAAAUAUUGGUCCACUUUCCCCCAGCAACCCACAGUAGUCCUGGGAUGGUACCAUCAGAAGGUAGGAGCUGGGGAGAAAGAUAGCAUUCCCAUCAACACAGACAUCAGUGCUCUCGGGAAAAGGAAAAGAACUCUCCACAUUCCCAACAGUGUAAGCCGUCUUUUUUUUUCUUCCUCUGACAGGGGUAGCUUUCCUGUCAUCCUUGCCCCUGCUGCCUUCCACCGAUCUGAGAGACAGAAAUGAAACUCCCCCCAUCACACUUGUCAUUAAGUCAUGCUCACAGCCAGG